GCGGGGAGCGCGGGGAGCCUGCGUCCCUGGGCCCGGGCCUGCUCCGCCCCCGGCCGCUGCCCAGCCAGGCUCCCGUCGGCCCGCAGAGCAGAGCUGGGUUGUCCCUGAGCGCAGGCACCAUGUGCGGCAUCUUUGCUUACCUAAACUACCAUGUUCCCCGGACAAGACGGGAGAUCCUGGAGACCCUUAUCAAAGGGCUUCAGAGAUUGGAGUACAGAGGAUAUGAUUCUGCAGGUGUGGGAAUCGAUGGAGGAAAUGACAAAGACUGGGAGGCUAAUGCCGGCAAAAUCCAACUAAUCAAAAAGAAGGGGAAAGUGAAGGCUCUGGAUGAAGAGAUUAACAAACAACAGGAUAUGGACCUGGACAUCGAGUUUGAUGUACAUCUUGGCAUCGCACAUACCCGAUGGGCUACCCAUGGUGAGCCCAGUCCCGUCAAUAGCCACCCGCAGCGCUCAGAUAAAAACAAUGAAUUUAUUGUUAUCCACAAUGGCAUUAUAACCAACUACAAAGAUCUGAGAAAAUUUUUGGAAAGCAAAGGGUAUGAUUUUGAGUCUGAGACCGACACAGAAACCAUUGCCAAGCUUGUCAAGUACAUGUACGACAACCGCGAAAGUGACGACAUUAGCUUCACCACCUUGGUGGAGAGGGUUAUCCAGCAACUGGAAGGUGCUUUUGCCCUUGUGUUUAAAAGUGUCCAUUACCAUGGUCAAGCAGUUGGCACCAGACGAGGAAGCCCCCUGCUGAUUGGAGUUCGAAGUGAACACAAGCUCUCCACUGACCACAUUCCAAUACUGUACAGAACAGCUGUGCAAUCUAUGGAUCAUUCUGUUGGUGGAAUAUCCAUAGAAGCGGAGAAAGGUAAAGACAAGAAAGGAAGUUGCAGCCUUUCCCGUAUCGACAGCACCACCUGUCUUUUCCCUGUUGAAGAGAAAGCUGUGGAGUACUACUUUGCUUCUGAUGCGAGUGCUGUCAUCGAGCACACAAAUAGAGUGAUUUUCCUUGAAGACGAUGACGUAGCAGCUGUGGUGGACGGUCGUCUUUCUAUCCACCGGAUCAAACGCACAGCGGGUGACCACCCUGGGCGUGCAGUCCAGACCCUGCAGAUGGAACUACAGCAGAUCAUGAAGGGUAACUUCAGUUCAUUUAUGCAGAAGGAAAUUUUUGAGCAACCAGAAUCUGUUGUUAACACAAUGAGAGGAAGAGUCAACUUUGAUGACUACACUGUGAAUCUGGGCGGGUUGAAGGAUCACAUCAAGGAGAUUCAGCGGUGUCGGCGUUUAAUCCUGAUUGCUUGUGGGACAAGCUACCAUGCCGGAGUUGCGACUCGUCAAGUGCUAGAAGAAUUGACUGAAUUGCCUGUUAUGGUUGAACUAGCCAGUGACUUUUUGGACAGAAACACUCCAGUUUUCAGAGAUGACGUCUGCUUUUUUAUCAGCCAGUCAGGCGAGACAGCAGAUACUUUGAUGGGUCUUCGAUACUGUAAGGAAAGGGGAGCCCUCACUGUAGGAAUAACUAAUACCGUGGGCAGUUCCAUAUCCAGGGAGACCGACUGCGGUGUCCAUAUCAACGCAGGACCAGAGAUUGGUGUGGCUAGCACAAAGGCCUACACUAGCCAGUUUGUUUCUCUGGUGAUGUUUGCCCUCAUGAUGUGUGAUGAUAGGAUUUCUAUGCAAGAAAGACGCAAAGAAAUCAUGCAUGGUCUCAAGGUCCUACCAGACUUGAUUAAAGAAGUGCUGAGCAUGGAUGAUGAGAUCCAGAAACUGGCAACAGAGCUUUACCAUCAGAAGUCGGUCUUGAUUAUGGGACGUGGCUAUCACUACGCUACAUGUCUUGAGGGAGCUUUGAAAAUAAAAGAAAUCACAUACAUGCACUCAGAAGGCAUAAUGGCUGGUGAGCUGAAGCAUGGUCCCCUCGCCCUGGUAGACAAGUUGAUGCCUGUUAUCAUGAUCAUCACAAGGGACCAUACGUAUACUAAGUGCCAGAAUGCUCUCCAGCAGGUUAUAGCGCGGCAGGGGCGACCGGUAGUGAUUUGUGAUAAGGAAGACACAGAGACAAUUAAUAAUAAUAAGAGGACAAUCAAAGUUCCUCAUUCCGUGGACUGUCUGCAAGGAAUCUUGAGUGUCAUCCCUUUACAGCUUCUGGCUUUCCAUCUUGCAGUUCUCAGAGGAUACGAUGUUGAUUUUCCAAGAAAUCUGGCCAAAUCUGUAACUGUAGAGUAAAAGUGCAUCUGAAUCUUAGGAGUAUGGGGAAGUAAAUGGAGAGACUUUUUGGGUACCAAAAUACCUUGAUUUUAAAGUCCCCUAAAUUAAAUAGUUUGUGUAUAAAAUCACCAUAAUUGUUACAUUAGUGAUUGUCAAAUUGAUUCCAUAUGUCAUGUCAAUAGCUUUGUUUUGUUGAAAGGUGUUCACUAGGAGACUUGGUAAUCUUUUAAAGGAAGCAGUUUGGGGGGCAAUUUAAUGAGAAUUUAGGUAUAAAUGAACCUUACUGAGAUAAUGCAAUUGACUAAAGUAUCUGCAGUGCCUCCACUAGUGAAGGUACUUGCCAAUGUCGGACACUGAAAUUAGAACUGUAUUAGGCCAUGAAUGAGUCUACAGAGAUUCAGACAUGAUGGUUUAGAAGAGAUUAGGUCAAAUUCGGCCCUGUUUACAUAAAGGGAAAUCCAGUGACUAAUCAGAAUCUCUCCUUAAAUCCUUUUAUGUAAUUUGGUUAGCGAGCCUAAAAUUAGCCUCAGAAAGGAUCUGGUCUAUGCCAAAUGCCUAGCAACUGACAAUCCUGCUGUUAGACAACAUAACUAUGGAGUUGUCGCAGCUCAUUCUAACAUGUAAGUGAGAGCAGCAUCUGACCCAGUAUUGGAUAGUUUACCAAAAUACAAGGAACGUUCAAAGGCCCAGCAUGUAAUAUUUGCAAACAAUAUCAUCCCCUUGUUUUUUGGGGGGAAAGAAGGAGAAAUCUAGUGCUCCCACAUGCACACUGCAACACUAAAGAGAAUCCCAAUGUAGGUUCUGGGUUUAUUGUGCUGCUGCUGUUAGCAAGCAUGAUUUGGAACAUAUACAAGAAACUUGCACUAAGAACAGGAUCCUUGUAUAUUUCACACGCCUCCCUGCUUACUCCAUUCCAUGUGUACACAUGACCGUGUCCCUCAACAAAGAUGUCAGUCCAUCAAGGAUAUUGACUGUUGGCCAAGAGAGUUGCAGCGAACAAAUGCGUGGCUUUCAUUUCUGCAGCUCAGGCUGCUGUUACUUAGUGUGAGUGACAGCAAAUAGUUUCAGUGGCAUAUAUGGUUUGGGUUUGAGAAUUAGACCAGGAAAAUUAAAGCUUCAUUCACAAGACUACAAACAAUAUUUUAAGUAGCUUGCAGAAGAUGUUAAAUAACAAAGGUACCUUGAACUUCAACAAAAGUCUCAAUUUUAUAUGGUCAGUGGUGGGUUCGAAGUAAACAGCCAGAGAUACACACAAGGCAUAUAAAAGAACGUAGUACUGUAGGAUGUAAAGUGAAGCCAGUAGCUUAUUAGUGGAACAUGAAGGUCACUUGCAAUAUUUAGGGAUUUUUUUCUUCUACAAGGUCAAAAUAUUACAUUUUGUGAAGUCUGCUUUACCAGAGGGACUGUCCAACGCUAGGGUAAGAACUUGGCUCUCUGAGUGAGUAGUCGAGUGCUGAAUUGCAUAAUCCAGGUGGACUCAGGAGACAAUUACUCACACAGGUUCAAAAGACCGUAGCUGUAGCAAUGCCAUCUGUCAUUCUUAAAAUUGAUAUGAACUGAAGUAAAUAAUAUAAGCUUCCUGCAUUUUUGUAUCUUAUUCAUAGAUCUGUUCGCUGCUUAGUUUUACCAUCUUAGCAAGAGCUGGAAGCAUAUGUUCAACUAAACCAAUAAUGACCUGAACUUAAGUUUGUCAUUUAAAGAAAAAUCGAGUACAGUUAUUAAUGCAUUGUAUGUGGGCCAUGAUUUGUGCUGAGCUAUUAAUUUGUAUUUAGGAAUGAAGUAGUAAUUUAAUUCCUACAGUAUUUGCUAAUUACAAUAGAUGCUAAUUUCAUUAGACACCUCAGCCUGAACUGACAAGUGAAACUUCCCCACAAUGAUUUACAAACAAGCAACAUUUUUUGUACAGCCCAGCACUACAUCUUAGCUAAAGCCAGUUUAACCCGAACCUUCCUUCUGAUGUGACUUGCCUCAGCUUAUGUUAGUUUCAUUUUUAAAAGGGAGGGAGCUGCUGUUCAAGCAGUUUAACUUGGAAGGGCUGAAGUCAAGGGGAGAAGGUUAAGAUCCUGUGUCCUUGUUUGCAGUGAUUCUAAUGUAGGUGAGGCCCUUAAAGGGGGAAGCUAUUGUACCCAUCGAUUUCCUGGAGAGGAAUUGAUUUGGAGGUCUUUUUCCCUAAUCAACUUGGAAAAUUAACUAGAAGUGCUUGUCUAGAUUUGUACAGAUGAGAUUUUAUUUUAGAAGUGGGACAGCUGCUUCUCCGCUGGUAUAUUAAGUAUAUGCUAGUUAUAUUUAAAUAGAUUUGUGCCAUGUAGCAAUUCAUGAUUGAGAACAUCAAGUGCUUACUAUUUAUGAAAAGAAAAUAGCAACAUUGAUACAAAGGACCAAAGAAAUAGGAUACUAAAUUAAAGAGCUGUAGUUUCUACAGAGCUGUUUUAUCUUGUGAGAUUUUAUAAAUAUUGCAAAGUCACUCAUUUAGUUUGAUGAUAUGAAGAAUAGAGGCUACCCAUCCUAAUUUUAAGGCAUGUAGCCUAUAAGACUUACUACACAAACUUUUCACUAGUUAGAAAUUGAGCAAAAUUAACCCCAACCCUGUAAAUUGCAGAGGAAAAGACUAAACCAGGGAACCACCUUAAAUGUCCAACACUCAGCCUGCUAAAAUUGAAAUAUGUGACUAGACUAUCAGAUAUUGCAAUGUAUAAGAAGAAUGUUAUGGAACACACUCACUGUGAAGAAUUUUUUUUGAAUGAUUAUGGUAUGAUAUCCUUAAAGCAUCUCAUUUUUGCCAAUUGCCAUGCCAGCGUGCUGAGAGAUUGUAUACAGGAUUUUCUUAUGUCGCUAGAUAGUUUGCUGAAACAAUGUUUGUCCGUCUCCUCUCCCAGACUAGUUUAUCCUCCUGCUGCUAGCUGGAAGUUUUAGACUGUCUUGUGCUCUCUGAAAUGAAUGUUUAAAUUACUGAGCCAGUAACAUUAGUUCCAUCCUAACUAAUGUAUUAAAAAAAAAAAUCAGUAGCCCUCUCCUUAAAAUUGAGCCUCAAAUCAAAUGUAUAGGCUCAUCCUUGCUGUUCGCAUAAACUUGUCUGAAAAGCAUUUUUAGUAAAAAUGUAGCAUAUGUUCACUUUUGUUUUAGUGCAUAUACUCUUCUCCUAAUCUAUGUGCAUAAAGAGUUCAACAAUAACUCCUACUGCUGCUCUUUCAAGAGAAGGAGUUGAAGGUUGCCUACCAAUUAUUUAACAAAUCCAGAGUGUUUUUAAACUUACUGAAAUAUAAAAUUAGAAAAUUUCAGGCAAAGAACUCUGUUCUUCCCUGUGGAAGUGCUAUUGUAUUUGCUAAGCAGGUCUCAUUCAAGUUCACGCCUGGAACUUGAUGCAGGUAUAUUGAUACUAGGGUAUACAGUAGCAGAAGCAUUGUGACAACUGGAAAAGGUUUAAGCCAUUGUCUCCCCUCUCCUGCUAAUCUGCCCUGCCUAUUGUUAGAGUAUUGCAUAAGAGACUGCAAGAGGAGGCCCUGUGUGUGUUUAAAAUCCUGACAUUUGCUGCCCUGCCAUAUUUACCAAUACAAUGGCACUUAAAACCUUACCCUGGACAUGCUCUAACUAGCACCCUCUGUGUUUGGGGAUAUUCUUUGGGCCUCAACUUUUACUGAACAGCAAGACCCAAAGGCAACAAACCUGGCCUCUAGUCUACUUUAAAUUAUGUGCCAAUAAAGAGGCUGUCCUAAAAACAUUUGAACAGUUUUUCAAAUGUAAGUUAAAUUCCAAUGUAAUCCCCCACCUAGAAAUAAUGGUGAUAUGCUUCUGGCACCUGUGUGUUAAAUGAAAUAUCCUUUGACAUGCUUGGUUUGCUCAGAGAUACACUUUUUAAAUUACCAUUCAUAGGGGUGGGGGGAGAAGUAGCAGCUUUAAAAAUCUUCACCCAAUUUAUAUUUAAACACAGGAGACAAAAUCUGUAGGAAUGUUUGAAAAAAAUCAGAGCCAAAUUCCUAUGUUCCAGAAGCAAGUCAUGGGAACAUGAUGGAGCCUGGUUACUAUGCUAGGUUACUGGACUGCCAAAUGGGAGACUAAAGGGGUGUGUGUGUAUUGCAUUCAGUGGUGUUACUGUAGAACUUUUAGGACAUACCUGAGCUAGCAUUGAUCUAAGUAAAAAUAGCGGUGAAGCUGUGGCUAUACAAGCCCCUCCAGAACCCGGAGUGUGUGCCCUGCAGCUACCCCAUGCUACUGGAGCUUCACUGUUAGCAGAGCUAGCUUGAAUAACGUUAGGUCUACAUGUGCUGAUUGCAGUGUAGACACACCCUGGGACUGGUGAUACCUUCAGUGUGGGAUGUUGUACUUCUUUUGUAUAGCUCUUCCCUCCUCCAGACGGCAGACGUCAACAUAGAAGAUGAAGGGGUCUACAGACAAAGUAAGCCACACUAAAGUGGAUUGUGAAUGCUUAGUUAUGGCAAAGGCUAGGUCCUUUGGACAUUUACCUCAAGACAUGGGAUCCCUCCCCAGUGUGAGAAAACUGACAGAAAACCAUUGGUAUCUGUCUGAAUUGAAGGCUAACUUAGUUUUCUUCCUUCAGUGUGUGUAAAUAGAAAUUUGAAGUGGCAAAUAUUACCAUAUCUUCCCUUCUAGCAUUGUUUUCCUUUGCAUGUACAUAUCCAGCUGGCUUGGUUUAUGGGGACCAUUCUCUAUCUGGCUUCCUGUUAUAUGCCGUCUGCAGAAGAUGUUUUAAUUUUGUGUGUAGUAUUUUAUAAUUUGGGUUUUGUCUUUUGCUUACUUUUUGUAUCUCACCCUUUGAAUAAAAUGAAGUGCCCAACAUUAA